AUGUUAUCAUUACCAGAAAUAACACUUAAUCUUACUUUCGUCGGUUUCUUUACUGUUUUAUUUGUUGGAACAACUGGAAAUAUUCUCAAUCUUACCACACUAUUAUCGAAAGAUUUUCGAAAACAAUCGUGUAUAUUUUAUCUGAUUUGUUGUUCUGUAUUUGAUAUGCUCACCGAUGAUGCUGCGAUUAUCGUUCGAUUCUUGACAGAGUAUUUUGGAAAUAACCUGUAUGUUACAAGUCAUGUUGUAUGCAAAAUUCGUCCUUACUUCUUCUUCUGUUUACCAGCAACGGCUUCAACAUGUCUUUUAUUAGCGGCAUUUGAUCGAUGUGUUUCAACAUCAUUACACGCUUGGUGGCGACGAUUGAGUUCAAUGUGGUUUGCUAAGCGUCUUUUCAGCGUACUCAUGUUAUUUCUUUGGACUACAAGUAUUUUUCAUUUUAUUGUAUUUGAUCUUCGAAAUGGUACAUGUGCACCUUUGCCUGGUCCUCUUUCGGUUGUAACUACUGCUUAUAAUCUCAUUUUCGUGUCUAUCAUUCCUGAUGGAGGUACGUUCAUUUGUGGCAUCAUAACGUGGAUUCAUAUACAUCAAUCGAAAAAUCGUGUUGAUUUCAAUAUUCAUGGCAACAAUCAGACACCGAGUAAUCGACGAACGAAUCGACAGUUAGUCCUUUUAGUAUUUGGACAGGCUUCUGUGUCCGUCGUAAUCGGAGCUUUACGAUCUAGCGCAUAUGCAUACAAUUUGCUGACGAGCUCUGUGAAGAAGAGCAUUGAACAACAACAAAUUGAAUAUUUCAUUCAGCAAAGCACUCUUAUACUUUUUUAUUUCAAAUUUGCUUUGGCUUUUUAUAUCAGCUAUGGUGUGAGCGCCAUGUUUCGAAAAACAUUUCAUAAAUCGAUGCAAUCACUAAAAAAUCGGUACUUUCGUUUUUGUAAAUGUGGUUAA